GGAUAGCAAGCAAGGAGAAAGAGAGAGAGAGAGAGAGAUAGAAACAGAAAGACAGAUAGCAUAGACAUGGAGUCAUGGGUUCGAGCCCUGGUGCUAGUGGCUUGUCUUCUUCUUCCGACGGUCGUUGAAUGUCGGGUCCGACACUACAAGUUCAAUGUGGUGAUGAAGAAUACAACUCGGCUGUGUCAAUCCAAGCCCAUCGUAACCGUUAACGGGCAAUUCCCAGGGCCCACUCUCUAUGCAAGGGAGGGUGACAAUGUGGUCGUGAAGGUUGUCAACCACGUCAAGUACAAUGUUACCGUCCACUGGCAUGGCAUCCGGCAGCUACGUACUGGUUGGGCUGAUGGGCCGGCAUACAUUACCCAGUGUCCGAUUCAGCCCGGGAAUCAGUACAUCUACAACUUCACUAUCACAGGCCAAAGAGGAACUCUUUGGUGGCACGCUCACAUCCUCUGGCUACGUGCGACGGUGCAUGGUGCCAUUGUCAUCCUUCCCAAGCUUCGGGUCCCUUAUGUUCCAUAUCCGUUCCCUAGGCCCGAUAAAGAAGUAGUAGUGAUACUAGGUGAAUGGUGGAAGUCAGACACCGAAGCUGUGAUUAACGAGGCUCUGAAGUCUGGCCUUGCACCGAACGUAUCAGACGCCCACACGAUCAACGGUCAUCCUGGUCCAUUCUCAAACUGCUCUUCCCAAGGGGGGUUCACGUUAAAGGUAAGGAGAGGCAAGACCUACAUGCUCCGACUCAUCAAUGCUGCACUCAACGAAGAGCUCUUCUUCAAAGUAGCUGGCCACAAGCUGACAGUAGUCGAGGUCGACGCCGCCUACACCAAACCCUUCAAGACCGACACCGUCCUCAUCACACCAGGCCAGACCACCAACGUCCUCCUAACUGCCGAUCGCGCUCCGGGCCGUUACCUAGUCGCCAUAUCCCCGUUCAUGGACUCGCCGAUCGCCGUUGAUAAUACAACCGGCACUGCUAUCUUACACUACUCAGGCAUGCUCGGCGCAUCGCCGACCACCCUCACGACCCCACCUCCUCAAAACGCCACCCCGAUCGCAACCAACUUCAAUGCCGCUCUCCGUAGCUUGAACUCGAAAAAGUUCCCAGCCAACGUCCCCCUAACCGUCGAUCACUCCCUCUUUUUCACGGUAGGCCUUGGCAUUAGUCCAUGCUCCACGUGUAAGAAUGGCACUCGUGUGGCUGCGGACAUCAACAAUGUCAGCUUUGUGAUGCCGACAACCGCUCUCCUUCAAGCGCAUUACUUCAACAUAAGUGGAGUUUUCACCAAUGAUUUCCCCGGCAAUCCACCGAUCACCUUCAAUUACACCGGUACAGUGCCGUCGAACUUGCAAACCACAAAUGGGACUCGGCUUUAUAGGCUGGCGUACAAUUCAACGGUGCAGAUUGUCUUGCAAGAUACCGGCUUUAUAUCGCCAGAAAACCAUCCGAUCCACCUGCACGGUUUCAAUUUCUUCGCCGUCGGACGGGGGUUGGGGAAUUUCAAUCCAAAGAACGAUACCGCCAAUUUCAAUCUUGUGGACCCCGUAGAGAGGAACACGAUCGGUGUCCCAUCUGGCGGAUGGACGGCUAUCAGAUUCAGAGCUGAUAAUCCAGGUGUUUGGUUCUUGCAUUGUCAUUUGGAAGUGCAUACCACAUGGGGACUGAAGAUGGCAUUUGUGGUGGACAAUGGCAAGGGCCCCAAUCAAUCGCUUUUGCCGCCUCCGUCCGACCUUCCAGCUUGCUAGGCCCGCCAAACGUGUCAUGAUCAUAUGGUUGAAAGAUUCUUUGGUUGAUGAAGAUGGACUAAAGGACGCCGAAAAAAGGAACAAAAUUCGGUGUUCGUUUUUCUUACUAUCACCCACUGAUUGAUGGCGAGAGUUGUUUAGUUGGAGUGUGAAUAAAGGGGGGCCAAAUUUUAAGUUUUUGUAACUCCAUCUCAUUUUCAAUCAUUCAUUAUCUAUGAAUGAAAUUAUUUAAGUUGGGUCGAA